AUGAAUCUUAGAUACAUUCUUAUUUCAACUAUCCUUAUCAUUAACAUCAACAAAAGUUUUGGUGUUGAAGUAGGUUAUGGAGAAACUUGUGAUGGUGUAGCAACAACCUGUGCCACAGGAUAUUUUUGUGCACCAUGGGGGCAAGCUGCACCAAAUAAUGGUAAUACUUGUGCUAAAGAAUGUACAACUGCUGAUCAAGAUAUUCAAUGUGGUAAAGGAAAUCUUUGUGAAAGUUUAACAGCUGGUUCAACUGACACAGUCUGUAAAAGUGUUCUCGCUUCAUUGACUUCAACUCCAUGUACUGCAACAACUGUUUGUAAUGCUGAUACAGAAAUUUGUAAUGAAUUUACAUUAAAAUGUGAACCAAAACCAUCAACAUCAACAUAUCCAACAACCGUUUCUGACUCAUAUUCAUCAACAAUUAAUGAUAGUCUUUCAAAAACUACCAAACAAUAUGGUAACAAUAUAACUCCUGAACCAUGUGUUGAUUUAAUUAUCGGUGGUCCAAAUGAUUGUAAUGCUUUAGCACCAUACUGUAAUAAUGACAUUUACAAAGAUUUAAUGAAAGCUAAAUGUUCAAAAACUUGUGGAUAUUGUACACCAAUUGGAAAUGUUUCUGGUGGUGGAUGUAGAGAUAUUAAUUCUGAUUGUUAUAGAAAACAAUACUUAUGUAAAAAUACUAUUUAUAGAGAUUUGAUGAAACGUGAAUGUCCUAUGACAUGUGGAUACUGUUAA